AUCAUCUCAAAAACCUUCUUCCAUAUAGACAUGAAGGCGAUUGCAGCACCGAUUUUGUUCUUUAAUUUCUGCAUAUGCAUCGUCAUUUUUGGAAUCGGUGGCUGGGUGAUGAAUCACACUAUGGAUAAUGGAUUUGUUAUUGGUGCAGGAUUUGAAGUUCCUCAGUAUUUUUCUCCAAUUUUCUUCCAAAUUGGGAACUCUGCCACUGGGUUCUUUGUUAUUUUUGCUUUGAUUGCUGCUGUUGCUGUUGUUGCAUCUGCCAUCUCUGGAAGCUUUUAUUUUCGUUUUUCGGACUCCAGCAACCUGCCCCCCGCCGCUUCAACAGCACUCAUCGCCUGCUUUCUAACUUUUCUCGCUAUGGGGUUCGCUUGGAAAGAGAUUGCCCUGACUGUCACCAGUGGCCAUCUGGUGAGGAACCUAAAAGCUUCUGUUGUUUUCCUCUCUUUUCUUUUCCCUUUUAGCAAACCAUGUUUCAGUUCUCCAAAGUGCUUCACAGAGUAAUGGAAGCUACGAAGCCAAUGUUGAGUAUUUUUUGUGUUUUUCUUAUGCAGAUUGCGUUGGAGGCUUUCCUGAUUAUCCUUUCAGUUACGCAAUUUGUUUAUACCGCAAUCAUCGUGUGGACCUCAACCGGCUAGUAGAUUCUAGAAAUAGAGUUCGCUGAAUGCUUAGUUUGUGGGUUUGUCUUCAAUUUUCUUUUCAUUCUUUUUUUUUUCUCAACCUCAAAUCUUGGUUGCAAUCAUGUAAAAUGGAAGAAACUUGCAAUGCAUUGGCAGAUGAAGCAAAGAAGAUAAUAUGAGAAUUGGUGUGCAAAAAAAGAAUAAAAUUUCAAUGACUUUGAUGUCUU